AUGAGCCAAACCAAGUACAAAUUUCUAAAAGGCAAGAAGAUCAACUUCGAAGUGUUAAAACAGUACUUAAAAAGAAAUUCACAGAAGUCACAAUCAACUGAAGGGAGGAAAGCCCAGACUGAUAAAUACAUUAAACUUGCAGAAGAGAUUCGGCAUAGAUCUGAGUCAAGGAAAUAAGAUGGACUAUACCAGUUCUUUCUACCAAUCAAUCUCAAAAUUUAAGAAAAUUUAUCCCAGGAAUAAGCUUGACUAUAUCAGGAUGAACUUCCUCACUGAGGCAAAGAUGCAUGAGACUUCUCACUAUAAGAUGUAUGGGACUUUAAAUAAAAGUGUGGAUUCAUCAGACACAAACCGUCUUUUUAACAACUUCAUUUCAGGAAGCUCAACAAUUAAUGUAAAUCAGGCACAGGGGAUUCCUAGUGUGAUCUCUGAACAACAGAGGGAAGGGCUUGAUAGGAAGAGGAAGAUUGAUAUAAAAUAAGCUUAACUUAUCCACAUGAAAUUCACGUUACAGGGCAAGCUCAUCUUUUCCUAUGAAACCCUUAAAAGUUAAAAUAAAGAGCAUAACGAGCAAUUAUCUUCACAACUCCCGUCAUAGAAAAUUUGAAAGAUUUGGAAGUCUUAAAUCAAAAAGUGGUGAGAGGAAGUACAGGUUCUUCAGACUAAAGACGAUUGAAGGAAAGACUCCUUCAAGGGUAAGUAAAAAUCUGUAG